AUGCGGCCAACACACCAAGCUCGCAUCGAAUCCGAGGAGAAGGCGCUGGAAGCCUACCGCCAGGAGCGCUACCAGGGUAGCGCCCGAGUCCGCCUGGACUGUCUGACGUUCGAAAAUGGCUUUGGCCGCUUGAUGGACGACGGCCGAAAUGCCCUCCGACUGGAGCAAAUCCUCGAGUUACAAGGAUGUCUCCGCAUCAAUCGAGACUACCAUGUGCCCGUCUUGGUCCGAGCCACGGACUGGGGCUCCCACAUCAGGCUGUUGCCGGGCGAGGCGGAGCCGUUUCCCGAGCUGAUCGUGCCCUUGAACAUGUCGCUGCGCGCAUUGGGCCACGAGAACGUCAUCGCCGCAGCGCGAAAAAAGCUCUACGGCGAGAACCGAUGGUGGGUGGUCGAUGUGUAUGUGGAGGAUCCCAAUGAGCAACCCCACCGACAGUCUCUCCAUUCUCAACUCGUUCGCUCGCUCCGAGAGCAUUUCCCAAACCAACGCCGACCGCCGGACGGAUUGAUCUACGAAAGAAUUCGGUUCUAUCAAGUAUAUCUGGGCCAUCCGCCGGACGAACAAGCGGAGGCACUUUGGUGGGCCGUCCUCCGACACGACCCCAAGAGUAAGAAGCAUAUAUAUCUUCGGGCCUUUCUCCAACAUCCCAGUUUCCCUGCAGCAUUUGAUGCCCUGCUCCUUAUUCCGGGGCUUUGGGCCAAAAUGCAAUUGGGCGUGCUGCAUACUAUGGUGUCACUGCGAUGUGACGAGCCCAUCCUGUCCUACCUCGAAACGAUCCGCACAGUCUGGAUGGACCAUAUUUUCGGCGGGAGCGACACCCUUCCUGUUCACGCGGACGCGGAGACCGUUCUCGCGCUGGAAUCUCAAGUCCCGAAGCUCUCGGAACCGGACCGGGAAUAUCUGCGAUCUCGGGUGAUGGACGACCGGACGUUAUUUCCAUCGAUCGAUGCCUCUGACACACGGGCGGCGUUAUGGGAGCGACUGAAGCAGAUCGAUACUCCGAUCACCACCCUGGGGACGUUCUUCCAGGACCUUCGUUUCUUAGGUGUUGCCAGCAAGGUGAUGAAGGCUCUUCUCCUCCCAUCAGAGGACCUGGGCUCGAAGAAGACUAAGAAGAUCACUAUCGACUGUGUACUCGGUGCGCAGCAUCGGACCGAUGCCAGCGUGUCAUUGAGAGAGACAAGACUGCAAGUCCGGCGGGGAUUGCACGAGCUCUGGCGCUUCAGCUUCUAA